UAGUGCUAAAUGCCACAGAAGUGCCUCCUGCCCUGGAAGUAAACACAGCCUUUCUUGGCUGCACGACGCCUUUGUGGCAAACCAGUGUGAUUCACAAUCGAAAAUCCUUGAGGGACCUGGACAUGGGCCCAGAGCAAUUGGGAAGACAAAUACUAGUGUGAGAGCAGUGUUGGAAGCAAUUCUGGCAUCACGACUCCCUGGAGCCUGCAAAACUCCUGCAGAUUUGACUUCUCCAGAGGAAUUUGAUGUGAUACCUUUCGAUGUGGCUGAGGUGGGCAUUUUUCACACAAAAUCAGGUUUCUAAUAAUUGUGGGGAACAUCUUUGAAGAAAACUUCUGUCACAAUGGCAUCAUCCUGUCUACAGAUCUGUGCAUUGCUGCUGGCUUUAGCAGGAUUCACUACAUUACUUGUUACCACCAUGUCCAGCAGCUGGAAAGUUUUGGACUCCACAACAGAGCUGGUUUCUGCAGACUGGGUUUCUGAAGGUCUUUGGAUGGACUGUGCAGCAACUGCUGUUGGAUCAGUUCAGUGCAAGAAAUUUCUCUACAUGCUGAGUUCAGACCCUCACAUUCAGGCAUGCCGUGCCCUGAUGAUUACUUCCAUCCUUUUGGGAUUCUUAGCUGCUGUACUCACACUGCUUGGUAUGAAGUGCACAAACAUUGGGUUGAGUGAUGAAGAUGGAAAAAUGAAGUUUACUGUCACAGGAGGAUUUCUUUUCGUUUUAGGAGGUAAUAUUGAAACUGAAAUGAGAGCACUAUUGACACUUUGUAUGGCUUUCACAGCCAGACUAAAUGAAAUAAACAUUCUUGUUUUAAAUCUGUUACAGCCCUUAAUGGAAUCAUUCACCUGUGUGCUUUUUAAACUUUUUCUGGUAGGUCUCUGCUCCAUGGUGGCUAUUUCUUGGUAUGCUGCAAUGGUUACUGCUCAGUUUUUUGACCAACUGUACGCUGGAACCAAGUAUGAACUAGGAGAAGGUCUGUACUUAGGCUGGACUGGAUCUGUCCUUUAUAUACUUGGUGGGAUCCUACUGACCUGUUCCUGCAGAGGGAAGGAAAACCAGAAUUACAGUCCCAAGAAGUAUGCAUACUCAGCAGCCCAGGGACCUUCUCAGGCACACAUGUACCCCAGGAACUCUGAGACCAUCAUAAGCAACAAGGAGUAUGUCUGAGCUCCCACCCUGCAUCACCUGUAGUGUCAGUGGCUUAUGAACUCCAGUAAGGAAGUGAACUGCUUCUUUAUUCUGGUUCCAAGUUGCAAUCCUAUGCCUUAGUUUGGAGCAGUACCGAGAGGAGGUAUGGCUUUCAAUGUAAAUAGCAAUGGUUUUCAGAUGUAAAUAGCUUUCUACAGAAGAUGCUGUGACGUGAAAUCCUGUGCCAUGAAGGUUUCUGCAUGCUGAGAAGCCUGGUAAAAUUUAACUGGAGGGCAGUAUAUGCUGACACUCAAGAGCAAUGGUUCCUAUUUCAGCUGACUCAAACAUGUGGAACUGAUAGCUGUAUCUGACUGCAAGUUCAUAUGCCUCACAGUUAGAAAUGUGUUUUGUUUUCAUUAAUGUUUAGCUUCCUUCUUUUGUUUAGCAGCUUAAGCUUUUGACAAGAAAUAAACUUUGUUCCACAGACAAACAGAAUUUUUUAACAAGUGGAAUUCUCUAAUAAGCAUCUUAUGUUAUACUGAAAUUCUUAUUUUAUAUGAUAGUCAAGGUUUAUAAAAGCUACAAAAAUGUUUCCAGAAUCUGCUAGAAUCACCUUCAAAUCUGCAGAUGUGCAACAAAUUUCUUGUUGGCUAUAAUGCAGAUACAGAAGGUAAACAAUACAGAAUGAACAAAACACAGAUGGGAGUGGAGAAAGCAUCUGGUGCAAAAAUGCCUUGUGGUAACUAAGAAAAUGAUAGCCUGAAAUUUUAUUUUUUAUUCUUGUGGUUUCAGCUUUUAAAAUAACACUACUUUAACUUUGAGCAGUCUUUAACUUUGGGAACUUGUACUGCAUCUGAAUUGUCUAAUUCAUGUAAUUUCCAAGUGUUUUGAUUUUCUGUCAUUGUUCCAUCAUUAGAAUUUCUGCCUUAAACGACUCCACUGCUGGGAGAAUAUGUUUACCUUGUGUGAGCACUCAGGCAGAUGGCAGUGAGCUAACUUUACUUUGUAUUUAUGCUUUCAGCAUGGUGGAGUGGAAUUUCACCCUGAGGUUCUCAGGUUCCAUAAGUUGUGCCUUUUAAAUGACAAAGUGUUCAUGCAGUUUGACAAAACUCUGUUUUGAAUGGCUGGUGAUGAACACGUAGCAGUCUGAUCUGGAAGUUUGAUGCCCAAUGAUCAUUUCAGAGGGCAGCCUGUGAGCAGCCUCAGCAGAAAUGAUUUGGCCAUGCUGCUUGCAUGCAGGAACAGCUGACUUGUAACACAUUAAGGCAUGAACUGGGCCCUGUCAGACUGAGUAAGUAAAGCUAAAAGGAGUCAUGAUUGCUUCUAGAGUGCCAGUGUCAUCUUCUUCCCUCCACCAUCAUCUGCAGUUUUUAAAAUAAUUCCUUUGGUGUUUUAGAGAACAAUUUCAAAAGCUGAAAAGGCACUUAGCCUGCAUGGUGGGAGCAGAACUCCUUACCAUCACCUGUAUAUUCUGUCCUCUGGAUUUUUAGGAAAUUUUGAAGGUGCUUUGUUGUAGUUGAACAUAAGGAAAAUCGAGAGACAAAGCAUCAAC